UGUUUUGGAUGGAAGUUGCUGUUGGCAAGGAGGGUGCUCUUUCUUUAUCAUCUUAAGCAAGCGUAUCAUCUGAAAGACACCGGAAAACAAGGCUUCAUGAAACCGAGCGUCAUCUCCGACGAACGAAACGGUGGAACCCGGAGAAAUCCGCGCGAUUAGGAAUAGAAAAGGAUCAUAAUCGGUGAUCUGUUUGCCUGCAGUUGAAUCAUCGCAAAGAAAGAAAACAGCGUCAGGCGAGGCUCGUACGAGUCGGUGAUAGUCUGAUAUGUGUGUAUUGGCUCAUCUCGCCUUGACUUUGGCAUAAAUCGCUCUUUAAUGAUGCAUGUAAUGUAACUGGCAGGACAAGAAAUAAUCUUCGUUAGUUGUAAUAAACGGUAGUUUAUGUGUCUUAUGCCAUUCAGGAGUAAGUUAAAUGUCUGAUCAAAGUGUUUGCUUUUUAAUUUGUUAAAGUUAGCAGUAGAAAAAUAGUUUCUUGUCUGGACAUCUGCAUAUGGAUUGCAUGAUAUUUAAACAUCUUUAAUUAGUCAUGUUUAUUGAAGUGUGUGAAAGUGCAGCAACCUGUAACCUGACAUUAGUGUGCUGUGACUGACAUAGUUUACUUGUAAUUUAUUUGAGCUUUGUCAAGCUUAUAUAAGCUUUUUGAUUUGUGUGUUUGUGUGUAUUCAUCGUUUUAUGUUAUUAUUUAUAAGCAUGGUGACAGUGGAAUGCAUAGAUAGCUGGAUUGCAUCACUUGUGUUUUGACAUAUCUGACGUCACGAGGGUCGCGUGUCACUCAAACUGUGAAGAACUUUUAAGUGUGUGGGCUUUGUAAGCAUACUACUUUGUUGAAGUCGGGCUACAUUGAGGCAGGCCUGCUGAUUUAACGGUGGAUUGUUCAAGAUUCUUCGAGAGAGACGAUCCCGAUCUGGCGCGGUCAGAGAUCCUCGUUGAUAUUCCCAAUUUCUCCCCGCCAAUGCUGGAUCUGGAGGUCGUUCCUGAGCGAUCUUUGGGAAAUGAACAAUGGGAAUUCGCAUUAGGGAUGCCAUUGGCCCAGGCCAUUUCCAUAUUGCAGAAACAUUGCAGAAUCAUCAAAAAUGUCCAGGUGCUCUACAGCGAACAAAUGCCACUCUGCCACGACCUCAUUCUCAACUUGACUCAGGAUGGAAUUAAACUGCUGUUUGAUGCCUGUAAUCAGAGACUGAAGGUAAUUGAAGUGUACGAUUUGAUCAAAGUGAAACUGAAAUACUGUGGAGUACAUUUUAACUCUCAGGCAAUAGCACCUACUAUUGAACAGAUUGAUCAGUCUUUUGGCGCUACUCAUCCAGGAGUCUACAAUGCUGCCGAGCAGCUUUUUCACCUGAACUUUCGUGGGCUUUCCUUCUCCUUCCAGCUGGACUCUUGGAGUGAAGCUCCUAAGUAUGAGCCUAACUUUGCCCAUGGCUUGGCCUCCCUGCAGAUUCCCCAUGGGGCCACUGUCAAACGGAUGUACAUUUACUCUGGAAACAACCUUCAAGAAACCAAGGCUCCGGUGAUGCCUCUGGCCUGUUUCCUUGGUAAUGUUUAUGCAGAGUGUGUGGAAGUUUUGAGGGAUGGGGCAGGACCACUGGGUCUUAAAAUUCGUCUCCUAACUGCAGGAUGUGGCCCAGGUGUGCUGGCUGAUGCCAAAUUACGGGCACUUGAGAGGAAUAUUUACUUCGGAGACUCUUGUCAAGAUGUAUUGAGUGCUCUUGGCUCUCCACAUAAGGUUUUCUACAAGUCAGAGGACAAGAUGAAGAUCCAUUCGCCCUCCCCUCACAAACAAGUCCCAUCCAAAUGUAAUGACUACUUCUUUAACUACUAUACUCUGGGAGUGGAUAUACUGUUUGACUCUACAACCCAUCUGGUGAAAAAAUUUGUCCUUCACACCAAUUUCCCAGGCCAUUACAACUUCAACAUAUAUCAUCGAUGUGAUUUCAAGAUUCCACUUACCAUUAAAAAAGAUGGAGCAGAUGCUCAGAGUGAGGACUGCAUCCUUACCACCUACAGCAAAUGGGAACAGAUUCAAGAGUUACUUGGACACCCCAUGGAAAAACCAGUUGUGCUUCACAGGUCAUCAUCUGCGAACAACACCAACCCCUUUGGUUCCACGUUUUGUUUUGGAUUGCAGAAGAUGAUAUUUGAGGUCAUGCAGAAUAACCACAUAGCUUCAGUGACUCUGUACGGAGCACCUCGUCCCAGUAGCCUUGCCUGUGCCGAGCCAAGUGCCCACUGAGGAAGACGCCCACGUUGCCCGUCCAGCCUGGCAGAGCUUCCGAACUGACCAGUAGAG